AAUCUCAACAAGAAAAAAAAAAAACAAAAUCAACAGACACCAACAAAUGAAUGAAUAUACUUUUCAAUAAUGUCAGUAUUAUUAUAACAUAUAUUCAAUCUAAUUUAAUGUGUACAUCGAAUCGGUACAUAUUACAUAUUUUUUUCCGAGUACAUUUUAUUUAGAAAAAUAAUUAUUAUUCAAAUGAUGAAAAGAAAACUUGUAAAGAAUAACAAAUUCGACAGACUAAAUAGUUUGCUAUAGAUUUAUUUAAAUUUUUUUCUAAUUACCAUAAAAAAAAAAUUUUUCCUAUGUGAAUUUCGGGUAUUACGACAAAUAAUAAUAAUCCGUAGAUUUUAACGUGAUUUUGAAUGAGUUUUAUAGUCAAAUGGGGAAAAAACCAUCCAUUUAUUCACUAUGGAUAAAGAAGAUGGAGAAUGAAAUAAAUCCGAAAAAAAUUGUAUGUAUAAGAAUCAAAGAGAAAAUUCUAAUUUUAGAUAGAGACUCAUGAUUGACUUGGCAUCCGUGUAUACAAUAUGCAGAAUAUUAGACUAGGAUUGAAUGUGAAAUGCAUCUGUUGUUUGUGUGUGUGUGUUUAUAAAUGAAAAAAUGUUGAUGUUUAAAAGAGCCAUAUGUAAGACAGAAUAAAUGUUCAUUAACAGAAACAAAAAUUACUUGAAAAUAAUUCAAUGGAUCUGUCUUUUUCUUCUUCUUGUCCAACAAACGAACGAACGAACGAAUCAAUGUAAUCAACAUCGUGUUUUGUUGUGUUGUGUUUUCAUAACCAAAAAAAAAAAAAAAAAAAAACAAACAAAAGUGUCAAAGAAAAACAAAUUCAAAUUCAAUCGAUUCAUUCAGGGUUAAACUAAUAGAUAGGAAAAAAAACCAAGAUGAUUCAACAACAUUUUAUUCGAUCACCUUCAUUACGUGAAAAAUUAAAUGAUCGUUUUGCCGGUUUAGAAUUAAUUUCUGGCAUGAUCAUUGCUAUUGUCAUUAUAUUGGCCAUAUUUUUCAUAUCAACAAUUGGUGGUCAAAUUCUAUUCUUUUUACUAUUAUUAUUAUUUGUCAUUAUAACCAUGUGCGUUGCAUUAAUAUGCUGGAUCGAUUAUCGUAAACGUGAAUUGAAAAAAUAUCAAUUAUCAUCAACAUUAGAACCGAAUGAUAAUUGUCAUCUAUAUGGUAUACGUUUCAUUUCAUUAUCUGAUCAAGUUUGAUGAUUUAAUACAAAACAACAAUCAAUCAACGUUUGAUAUAAUAAUAUAUAUUAUGUAUACUCACCACUCCAUUUGGAUUGAUUUAUGAUUUCCAUCAUAUCACACAAUAUCAUCAUCAUCAUCACCAUCAUCAUCACCAUCAUUCGUAUUCAUUUGGAUU